CUGGGACUGGGGAUGCUGAACGGGGGGAGGGAGGGCCUGUUUGAGCUGGGACAGCAGCUCCAGCAGCAGGGGGAGUACCAGGCCGCCCUCCACUGCUUCCUCAGCUGCCUGUUGGGACUGACCCAUGUACAGAGCUUUACUUCUCUGCCCAACUGCCUACACCAGAUUGCAGAACUCUUCAUCACGGAAAAGAAUUAUGGGAAGGCCCUCCAGUUCAUCCAGGCUGAAAAAAUGUUCUAUGAGGUGGCACUGAUCGAGCUCACGGCUCUUCAGGGGAGCACAGGGCCUCAGGAGGAGGCUACGCUGGGCUCCGCAGGAUGGACAACACCAGAGGAGCUUUCGGAGCAGGCCUCCCAGGCACAGCACCUCGAACGGCUGGCCCAACUGUGCAUCAUGAGCAAACAACCUCAUCUUGCUCUAGAAUACAGCGGUAAGGCCACAAAGAUUCACCAGAGGGCCUUCGGUAAUGACCACCCAAUUACAGCCAGAAGCCUGGAGCUUAUGGCCACCGUCUAUGCUGAGAUUGGCAAGACUGAAUAUUCAGACUCCCUGGGUCAGUGUGUGUCUGCACUGUCCAAACGCUUCGCUGCUGCAGAGUCCAUCCGAGACUCAACUGUCAACUGUCUUCCUCACUCCCACCGGGAGAAACACUCAGAGGUCCGCCACAGAAAGGACACCCACCACCAACAGGAGGACACACCGAAACCGAAGGUAACCAAUGGCAAAGUCCCCACCUCCAUUCUAAAGAGGCCAAGUCCCAACUAUGGGUCAGACGCAGAACCAAACCACAGACGGAAAGGCGAACGGCGAGUUCGAUUCAGGGAGCCAGAGACCACAGUACAUGCCUAUGAGACGACACCGUCCCGCCCCCACCUCGCCCUGUUCACUUGCCUCUUCCUGCUGAUGUCAUUCCUGGGUGUGGCCAUGUACUGCACAGACCGCAGGCGCCCACAGCGAGUGUGUGAGGAGCUGGAGGCCGCUUUGGCUGUCUACCUGCUGCACAUGAAACAGCUUCUUUGGGGCUGCUGGAUAUGGCUGACCAUGCAGUGACUGAGACCAACCACAGGUGGCGACAUGGAGCCUCCUUUAUGUGCUUUUUUUUUCAGACCCCUCUUUUUUUCAUAUCUUGGAAGGAGCCACGGCCUACAAACACCUCAGCCAUUUGGCAAGGCUCUGUGCACUGUGGUGUUGAACCACUCUCACAGUGAAAAAGGGAAAAAUGUGUAAUCCCAGAAAUAUGUAGCUUCCAUGUCUGUAUGUAUAUACAUAUACUAAGGUGGUGGGCACGCCACUUCUUAUUUAAGUUGUAAUGAUUUUGCACAUCUGCAAUAUUGAUCCUCACAUAUAGCGCUCACUUAAUCACCACAACCAUCGGAUUUUCCAGGUCAUGUCACUGUCUAUUGUAUGUGAAUGAGUGGUUCCAUGGAAUGCAAAUAUUUAUUUUGUUACAGUGCAUCAUUUGUGUAUAUCAGAUAUUACACGAACUGAAUGUGUAUAUAUGGCUCAAUAUACUAAGGACUAUCACAAUACUCAGCCUUGUAAUUGCACAUAAAUGAAUGUAGAGAUGUUUGGAAACAGCUUUGAUUGGCACGCUGCACAUUCGAGAGGAGGAAGAUGGAAGCACAAAUGUGUAAAGUGUUCGAUAGAAAACACAGGGCUGCAUCAAUUCACGGUACCAGGUUGAAUAACUAACAGAUGAAAAACACCUCUUUCUUUACAGACUCUCUCCAGCUGAUUCCUUGCUCCGCUGAGGAGGAAAUCUGCAGCACAAUGUUAUGAAUUCUCUCUCCUUAUCUAUCGUUGAAGAGAAUAUAUUCAAACUGAAUGAAUGCUAAUGCUUUUGACAGUGUUCCUCUUUAUAACCGCUUGAAUCCCACGAAAUAUCCUUUAACCUAAAUGUUAUUUAUUCUUCUAUACUGUAUAUCUGCAUCUACGCAAAUAUCCGACUUUUGAUUAUUUUAAAGUUUUUUAACUUUUUGUUACCAGUUACAUUUCUAUUUAAAAACAAUAAUAUUCAGGUUUUAAUCAUGAUGUCAAAUGCUCAUCAAGCUUUGGAUAAAUGUACGGAUGGGUGUGGGCUAUACAUCAAAAAACAACUCCUUAUAUCAAGUUCAUUACUACUAAUAUGAGGCCAAACACAGAAAUGUAACAGAAUCAGAUACUGUAUGUCAUUAUAUGAGUCCCUUUAUCAAAUGAAGGAAAUAUAAUUCAAACAGCCAAACCACCACACAAAUGGAUUAUAGGAAUCAAAGGGCACAGUGAUGCACAUCCCACAGACCUCUCAUUAUGAGCAAUAACACACAUCACAUAGUUUCCAGUAAAACAUUGUUGUUUAUAUAACAAGUUUCAGGGAACUCAAAAGGAAAGGAUUUUCUGAGGUUUCACAUUUGAAUGUCAAAGCAAUAUAAGGCUAAUAACGCCUGAAUAGAAGGAAGAAAUACUCUCCACUCUGUACUGUCAAACUAAAUUGUCAUUAGCAAUAAAACAAAACCCACUGAACUCAUGUCCUUUAUAUGCACAUUUAGCUUAGAAGCUGCAUUUCACGGCUGUCCAAACAUUUAUGGUCACUUUGAAAGAAGUGCCUUUAUGGAGGGUUUUCUUAGUUCCUACCGUUUUAUGAUUUCAGUUGUUUUGAAUAAAACUGUCAUUGCCUAUCAAA